AAUGUUUGUAAACAAUGAUUGAGUUAUGAAAAGCGUUUCAAUGAAUAGACAUAUGAUUUGAUUUAAAAAACAAAACAAUGGACUAUAUGUGGGAUCAACAGCUGAUCCCAUUCAGUGAUAUCAACUAUGAUCUCUAUCGUAACACAUCGACACCGAUUGUUAUCGAUUGGGGCGCCUAUUGGUCACGGGUUGGCUUUGCUUCCGCUGUCACCGAUUGUCCGCAACUGAUCUUUCGAAGUCUGAUAUCAAAACAAAGGGCUAAAAAAGACUCUGAAGUAUUGGUCGGCAACGAUAUUGUCGACAUCGAAGCCGUCAAACGUGUCUUACGAUCGCCAUUCGAGUUGGAUGUGGUCACACAAUUUGAUUCAAUGGAAACCAUCUUCGACUAUAUGUUUGCCAAUCUGGCCAUCGAUACGACUCGUGUCGAACAUCCGAUUAUCCUAAACGAGGCCUUUUGUACACCACUUUGGUCUCGAGUUAACACUCAAGAGUUGAUGUUUGAAUGCUAUGACAUACCAUCGCUGCUCUUAGGCGUCGAUUUUCUAUUCAGUCUUCACCACAAUUUACCCGAAAUCAAUAACUGUCUCAUACUAUGUAUGGGUCACUAUACUUGUCAUAUCAUACCAGUGAUCGACGGAACCGUUUGCAGCCAACAGUCGUCACGAAUCAAUUUGGGUGGACUUAAUCUUAGUCUUUAUUUGCAGAGAUUAAUGCAACUAAAGUAUCCAAAGCUGACACAAGAGUUUACGUUUACAAAAUGUGAACAAAUGGUCCAAAGGUUUUGCAAAUUUUCAACCGAUUAUCACUCGGAAAGCUAUUACUGGAGUGAAGAUUCUUAUUACGACAAUAAUGUCAAACGAUUCAAAACCGUACAAUCCGUGAACACAACAACCGAACAGUCAGUUGCCGAAGAAUUUGUUCAACGGGCUCAACGUCUUCUGAAAAAAGUUAAAACCAAUUAUAAUAAAAAAAGAGAAAAACAGCUAUCGGAAUGGGAAGAAAGUCGAAACAAAUUGAAAACAUUAUUGGAAUUAGUCGAAGACGAAGAGUUAGCUGAACCGGCAUUGAUUGCAAAAGCCUAUCAAAAUGCUGGCGUAAAAAAUUUAAACGAAUUGAGAAACAAAUUAAACGAAUUGAAUGUCAAUAUUAAACAAAUCAAGACUCAACUGAACCCAAAGGCAGCGUCUGAAGAGACGGUUAUCGAUGAGAUCAUUAAAUGGCAAAAUCAAUGUCCAUUUGAUGAACAACAAUGGAGUUCAUAUGUUAGACAAUUGAGAGCCAAUAAAAUUGGCGAAAAUGCUUGGCUUCUGAACGAAUUGUUGCGAGAAUACGAACUCGAAUGCAAACGACUGAAAGGACACCACGGAGUGGCCGAUAAUGUCAUCGAAUUUGGAGCCGAACUUAUUCGGGUUCCAGAAUUGUUUUUCUCUCCCGAAGCACUUAUCAAUUAUUCUCAGUGUGGUAUCAGCGAUGCCAUCGAAGAAUUGGUUAAAAAAUUAAACAAUCCCGAGAUUAGUGAAACACUUUUUAUAACCGGCGGCUGCGCUAACAUUGAAGGUAUUGUCGAAAGAGUAGCUAAAGAUGUGACAGCUAUGAGACCAUUUGGUACACCACUUCAUGUCAUCAAAGCUGCCAAUCCAUCAUACGAUGCGUGGAAAGGCAUGAGAGACUUGAGUGGUGAUCAACUUUCCGAUAAGUUUGUGUCAAAACAGGAAUACUAUGAAUUUGGUGCCGGAUUUUUGAAACAAUUUAAGUGU